CGUGUAGUGCAGUGCGGGCGUCUCCGCUUUCAGUUCGCCAUACUUGCACAAAGCGGCAGUGCACAGACAAUUGGUGAAAGCAGCCGGAAAAGGCAUCGGUGGAAGCUAACGUCAUGGCUGAGCAUGAACCUACUGAAGAGCAGCUGGCGGCCAUCGCGGCGGAGAACGCCGAGAGUGAGAGCGAGACGGUCAACUACAGACCCCCCGCCCGCAAGACCCUGCAGGAGAUCCAGGAGCUCGACAAGGAUGACGAGAGCUUGCAGAAGUACAAGAAGGCCUUGCUGGGAGAUGGCCACGAAUCUGGUGUGGCUGUGUGUGCUUCAGCUGCAGACCCGGCUGUUCCAAACGUCCAGGUGACUCGGCUGACCUUGGUGUGUGAUACCACCCCAAUUCCCCUCACCUUGGACCUGCAGGGAGAUCUGGAGCAAUUCAAGAAGCAAAGCUUUGUGUUAAAAGAGGGGGUUGAGUACAGGAUUAAGAUCAGCUUCAAGGUGAACCGGGAGAUUGUCUCUGGCCUGAAGUUCACCCAGCAGACCUACAGGAAAGGAGUGCGAAUUGAUAAGUCGGACUACAUGGUGGGCAGUUACGGCCCGCGGCCUGCCGAGUACGACUUCCUGACCCCGCUGGAGGAGGCUCCCAAGGGCAUGCUGGCACGCGGCACCUACAACAUCAAGUCCAAGUUCACCGACGAUGACCAGCACGAUCACCUCUCAUGGGAGUGGAACCUCAACAUAAAGAAAGACUGGACAGACUGAGCGGCCUUGUACUGUAGCCUUCUCUCCUCUCCUCUUUUCUCCUCUCCUCUCUUCUCCUCAUCUGUUCAACUCAUGUUCUUCUCAUCAUCAUUCAUUCGUUCAUUCAUUCAUUCAUUAUUUUCUUUACUUCUUUCUUCCUUGAACGUCUCCUUGGUACCUCCUUAUAUUCCCUUUCUCCCCCUCUCCAUUGCUUCCUCCGUCCACAAGUUCACAUCCAUGCUUCAUCUGUCAGCCCCCUGGUUCAUCCACACUACCCCCCCCCUUUCC